AUCUUGGGAAGACAACAACCGAAGCCUGCAGUGGUAGAAGCGAGACAGAGAGAGUCCGGAGUUGCAGGUGUCAUCGUCUCUUCUUCCUUGCAGUCGAAAAUCUGUGAUUUCACGUCUCAGCUGUGAUGGAGGAGAAGGAAGGAGGAGGAUUCCAUCGAGCUGCCAAACGUCUCCGCACGGAGGAGGACACUGGCGUCAGAGAGCUGGAGGACGGAGAGGAGGAAGAGGAGGAGGAAGAGGAGGAGGAUACCGCCAGUGAGGAGGCAGUGGGGAGCGGAUGCAUCGAGAGCAGAAGCCGGAGAAGCAGCGGGAAGGACGGUGUGGAGGACAGCCACCGCAUCCCCCCGUCUCCGGUGGUCCACGUCCGAGGACUAUGUGAUGCCGUGGUGGAGGCCGACCUGGUGGAGGCGCUGGACAAAUUUGGAAACAUCUGCUAUGUGAUGAUGAUGCCGUUUAAGCGCCAGGCUCUGGUUGAGUUCGACAGCGUGGAGAGCGCCGAGCGCUGCGUGACGCGUGGAGCCCGUGAGCCCGUCUACAUCGCCGAUCAGCAGGCAUUCUUCAACUUCUCCACCAGCCAGAGAAUCACCAGGCCGACCAACGCAGAUGACCCCAGCAGCAAGAACAAGGUCCUGCUGCUGUCCAUCCAGAACCCGCUGUACCCCAUCACCACCGAUGUGCUGUACACCGUCUGUAACCCCGUCGGUAACGUCCUGCGCAUCGUCAUCUUCAAACGAAACGGCAUCCAGGCCAUGGUGGAGUUUGAGUCGGUGGAGGACGCUCAGAAGGCCAAGCUGGCUCUGAACGGAGCCGACAUUUACUCUGGCUGCUGCACACUUAAGAUCGAAUAUGCUCGGCCCAACAGACUGAACGUCGUCCGCAACGACAACACCAGCUGGGAUUACACCAAACCCUUCCUGCUGCAUCGAGAGCGGGGGAAGGGAAGGCAGCGUCAAGCCAUCCUGGGAGAGCAUCCAUCCAACGGCUAUGGCCCACACUGCCCCCUGCUGCCUCUUCCAGCUAACAGCAGGUACAGAAGGAGCAAUGAGCCCAUACAGGACAUGAUCUCGUACCCCCCUCUCCUUCCAAAGACCUUCCCCUCCACCUCUUCUUCCUCAUCCCUUUUGGGCUCCAGCUCUGUUGCCAUGGUGAGCGGCCUCCAUCCCACCAAGAUGAACUGCAGCCGCAUCUUCAACCUGUUCUGUCUCUAUGGCAACGUGGAAAAGGUGAAGUUUAUGAAGAGUGUCCCUGGCACGGCCUUGGUAGAGAUGGGUGAUGAGUAUGCUGUGGACCGAGCUGUGACUCACCUCAACAGCAUCAAGGUGUUUGGGAAGAAACUCAACGUUUGUGUAUCCAAGCAGCAGGCGGUGAUUCCCAGUCAGGUGUUUGAGCUGGCUGAUGGCAGCAGCAGCUACCAGGACUUCAGUCUGACCAGAAACAACCGCUUCAGCAGCGCACACAGCAGCAGGAACAUCAUCCAGCCACCUGCUGCUGUGCUGCACUUCUACAACGCGCCACCCACCCUCAGCCAGCACCAGCUGCUCAAGCUCUGCUCUGAACACAACGUUCCCGAAUUCACCAAGUUCAAGGUCUUUGAUGCCAAACCCAGCUCAAAGACUCUAUCUGGCCUGUUGGAGUUUGACAGUAAAACCGAAGCUGUUGAGGCUUUGACGGUCCUCAACCACCACCAGAUCAGAAUACCCAGCAGCUCCAACCCCUUCACCUUGAAACUCUGCUUCUCCACUUCCUCCCAUCUGUGACCCAGAAACAAGAUGGCUACCACAGACACAGAGGUCCUCCAGGAAACACCAGAGAGCAAGUUUGUCUCUGUCAGAAACAGAGAAAGGAUCGGCAAGAGAUUUGAUUCCAUUUUUUUCCUUGAAGAGGUUUAACUGGAUGAAUUAGCAUGUUUCACGAUGAAGCAGUCUGAAGAAAGCGCGACCUGAUACAUUCAGUGAUGACUGAUGGAUUUUUCUUUUAUUUUAGGUUUAAUAGCUCAGUCUGUGGUUUGUGGUAUGUAAUACUUGUAUCAGUUAAAGGUUCUUUCUGGUACUUUUUGUGAAAAUGAGGACAGCUGGUGGGUAGCAGGGGAAUAACUAAAGGUUUACAGAGUGGUUACCAUCUAUAAAUGCAGCUUUCCAAACAAUUCAUCCCCGAGGCUGCAGAGGAAUAACAGAGCAGUCCAAGGGAAAAAAAAGCCAUAAAUCUGAGAAAUAAAGGGUAAUUAACCUGUUUUCUAAAGCACAAACACACACUUCCAUGCAUUUGCUGGUGUCCACUCACCUAAAAAUUUCAAUAUACAAAAGAAAUACACCCAAAAAGGCUAGCAGUCUGUAGGGUGUUUUGUUUUUCUGUUUUUUUGGGGGGUUUUUUGAGCACGCCUUUUAAAAAUAGAGAUAUAGAUAUUCAUAAAUAUUUCCAUUGGACAAAAUCUGGAUGAAACUUAACAGAAAACAUCACACUGCCUCUGUAAGACAACAAAGCAGACAAUCAUCAGGAGCACCUAUAAGAAGGCAAACUGAGAAAAACAUGAAGAACACCAGCAACAAGUAUAAUAAAAGAUAACUGCAGCAGGACAACACUGUAUCUGUACAAACAUGCAUUUCUGUGUGGAGUGUUUUCCUGUAAGUUCUUCUCUGUGUGUGAUCAGCAUUUAUUUGUCAGUCAGUUGAACUGAUUUCAGUCUUCCAUUUUCUUAGAAUGAGGACUGGUUAUUCCUUCACUCCCCAUCCUUCGCUGCUCCUCCACUGCAGUACCAAAACCACGGACUGAAAGCUGUUAAAUAUGGAUACCUUACAUUUUAAAUGGCUGUAUUAUACUGUAUAUGUUUUUUUUUCCCUUAGUUGACGUCUUACAAGAAACUAAACUAACUCUAGCUGAGAAUUUUCUUCCAAAUGAAAUUUUAUUCAAAUAAAUAUCUACACUGUCACUAAAUAAAGAAUUAGUCACAAUCAAACUAUAUAUUAGAUGAGUUAUUUCUGGAUUAAUAGGAAGGUUGAAAAACUCAGGAAGGAACCACUGAAAUUAAGAAAUGAAACAGGAACAGAGAAACAUGAAAUAUUUCUGUUUUUUCUAGAUGAAUAUCUGCUGGAUUUAUUCAGUGCUGUACAACUAAUGAAUCACAGAUUUAACAGUUUAAACAGGAAUCCACCGUCGGAAACAUCUGCUUUCAGUAUAUAUUGGCUUUUUUUAUGUAAUGUGGGAAAUUUUAAAUGAUUUUAAGCCUUUAUGAAUAAUAAGAUAGAGACGUUGAGUUACUUUAAUAUAAAGCAACUUGGAAGCACUUUAAUUAGAAGUGAUGCCAAGUUAUUAAUAGUAAUUAGCCGUAGGAUUAAUAAUGCUUUAAAUGAGUUGUUUGUGAGAGUUAAUCCCUCAACAGCACUACUUCCGUUUCUUUUUAUUUUAUUCUUUUGUCUUGCUGUGGUUUAGGUUUAUUUUGUGUAUUUAAUUAAAAGAUAACUGUAGAUAUUCUUUCGGGUCAAAUUCAUUAUCUGGAUUAUUAAUUUAUCAGUGGUCUUCAUGUGUAGGUAUUUACAAAUGAAAACAAAGGGAAGGAAAAAAACACUGUUCAGAUUAAUGUCUUUCAGUUUUAAUAAUUAGUUGUAAAAAUUAUUUCUGUAUUUUCUUUACAUUUGUAGUUUUCAAAAAGAAAGAGUUAAAUCUUGAUUUAUGAAAAUAAAAAAACAAGAAAACAAAAAUGGUUUUUUGGUGUUGACAGGAAACAGAAGCACAGUUAUGGACCGGUUUCUGGGAUGAUUCUGUUUGCAUUUCUGGUUAAGUUUAACUCCUAAUGAAAGCUUCCUGCUCGUAGGUGUUCUCAGCAGGAUCAUCAGUCAGAAAUUUGCAGCUGCAGAGUCAGUGAUACGUGCAGAGAGCUGCAGGGAGGGAGGAAGAGAAGAUGAGUGCUGAGCUGCUUCGUGCAUGGAGGGAAGUGUCCGAGCAGCUGAGCUGAUGGCAGCAUGACUAAAGGGAUGGUGCAGGUCCACUCAGCCAGUACUGACAAUGAGCUAAAGAAGCUUAAUAAAUGCAGACUCUGACUCCUGUUCUAGUUUAGGAAACAGAGUCCAUCUGGCAGAUUCAGCAGAGCUUAAUAUGAGAACUGUUGUUGGUUGGGUUUGCUUCAGCUACAGAUUUGAUGUUCGGCUUUUUGUUGUUCUUUGUGUUUGUUUUUUGGUGAACAGGAUAAUGAUGUGAGAGGAAUCAAAUCUGAUUCUUUGCUCUUUUAAGUCUUAAAUAUAACACCUGGAAAGCCUUUCAUAAAGGACAUGGUGCUUUUUUUUAGCUUUGGUUAAGGUCAGGGCACUUUUUAGAGUUUCACAGUCGCCCCUUCACAAACUCAACCAUCAGCAAUGCCAAACAAGGAGCUCAGCUGCAGCUGGAAGGAACUUCUGCGUCACUGUUUUGCCCAAAACACUUCAGCACACAGAGGGGUUGGAGAUUAAUGGAUGGUCUAACAUCUGAUUUACAUCCUCCCCUAGUCGUUAUUAAAGAAAAACUAAACUUUUAUUAUAUAGGACAUAACUAGGAUCCAAAUGCCUAGUAAGAAAUUCAGUUUCUAGGAUCUGAAACAAAGCAGUUGACAGAAAGCUGGUACACUGUAAAAUCUAACUAGCUGGCUCUACUUAAAACACAUAAAUGCAAACUUGUUGUCUAAAAAAAAAUAAAGUUUUUCUUAAUUUGCAUGAUUAAAUACCAGACAAGACUAUUUUCUAUUCCGCUUUGUCUAAUUUAGGGUUGCAGGGAAACUGGAGCUUAUCCCAGCAAUUACCAGGUGAGAGGCAGGUACACCUGGACAGGUCGCCAGUCCACCGCAGGGCCAGCACAGAGACUCAAACAACCACUCACACUCACUCCUAGGGAUAAUUUAGAGUGAUCAAUUAACCCAGUAUGCAUAUAUUUUGAUUGAGUAUAAUUAACUAAAAUGGUUUUAGUUGUUUUGCGGCAGGAAGUUGAUGCGCGCAGAUGUCAGACCACAGACGUCUGUGAUGGUGCAGCAGCUGCCUGGAUUACUGGUUUAAACACAGGAAUGACCAGUAACUGGAGAGCAGAGCAUGUCUGUACACUGAAACUCUGGUGAAAGGUGGAUUAUUGCUUAUAUGAGGUCAAUAUGGAGACCAGAACACGUUUCCUCUUUUCAGCUCAGAACUGUUUCCUCACACCAGGAGAUUUGGAGCUAGAGAUCAUCAAGGGCGACAUAUUUUAUUACUUCUAAACACAAGAUACAAGAUCUAAAUACCACACAAGAAGAUAAAACUAAACAAGAUCAAGUUUGAGAUAGUUUAGCUUGGAUGAUUUGAAAAUGACAGUUUAUUUUAGAUUUUUUACAUCUUUCUGAAAUCUGUUGAAACUUUGUGGCAUAUAAAUUAUUGAUCAACUAAAUAAGUAAAAAUCAAAACAAGAAAAGUACUUUAAACAAAUAUUGUGUGAGGAUGAGGACUUUUGCCAAAGUAAAAAUGAAAGGUUUCAUACUGUGAAUUAUCUCGUUUGCUGUUAAUAGAAGUGAAAAGCAUUGUGGGAAAUCCUGCUCCCCCAUCGUCAGUGUUCCUCAUGUACUUAUCUUAAUUACAGACUCAACUUAAGUAUGUUAAUGUUUUCAACAUUUUACCCUCCAAAGUUCAAAGCUGUUGUACACAAAUGUACUUUUACUGCUUUAAAACAUGACUGAACAGUUAACCCACAAACACUAUGACGCCAUUUGAACUGACUGUGUGUGAAUCUGUAGCCUAACCUUUAUGUAUACUUUGGAGCAAAAUGACAAGCUAAUGUAAAUUUAGAGAGUUGGAUCAUCCGGUGGUGAUGUUAAACAUUUUACUUCUUCAGUUUCUGUUUUGUUUUACACAAAUAUUUUAAAACAUAGAAUUUUAAAAAUUAUUAGUUGAAAUAAUAAUAAUAAUUUAAUUCUAAAGUAGUUUGAGCUUAAUAGUCCCCUGUGUACUGCAGAGGUAUAAAAGAACAAAUUAAGCUAAAACUCUCAGCACUGACUGAUAGCAGCAGGGAAUUAAAGAUAGUAUGUUUAAACGUUCCAUGAGCACUGGUUAUUCAUGGAUUUUUAAGGCUGGAUGAACCGUCAAAUACAACUAGGCUAUAUUUGAGGUGAACUUGUAAAUAAUUUAGACAGACAGACACCAUCCAGACAAUCACCAAACAAACUACUUCUGUGAAUUUAAAGUUUUGUGCCUUUUUUUUUGACAUGCUACAAACAUAAUAAACUGAUUUACAACAGCUGUACAGAGCAUAGUUACAGAUUCUGACUUGUUUAAACUGGAUUAGACUUGCUUAAUCUGGAGGAAAUUUGUUUAAACUGGAUGAAAUUUGUUUAAACUGGAUGAGGACUUUAUGUGAUUAUGAAUAAAACAGAAAGUAGUUCUGGGAGCAGCUGGAUGUUUGUCCUCCCUGAUCGGUGUACAGAAUCCCAAACUAACAUCCAAUAAAAUGUUCAUUGUG